AUGGGAGACGAAAAUGAAAGUAGAAGGGGAGUAACAGAAUCGGGAGCCGAAUGUAUUUGUCCACCACCAGCGACUAAAAGAAAAAGACAAGAUGACACAUGCGAAAUUAAAUUGGAAACGUGUCCGUACGAUCCGAGAUUUCCAAAUGCUAAUAACACUCCACGAUGUUACACAAGUUUCAUAGAUUAUCAAAGAUGUGCGAGACUUUUGGGUGAUUAUCCGGGAUGUCUUUAUUUUUUUAAAUGUUACAAAGCAUUGUGUCCGAUAGCGUGGCAAGAAAAAUGGUUCGAACAAAUGGAAAAUGGUACAUUUCCAAAAAAAAUAUAUCCACCAAGACCUAUAAUACGUCCAGGUCCGGCAGAUGUUUGCGGUCCAUCCUUAAACCUCGAAGAACCACCACCUACGUCAACACCCCCCUGUUAA